UCCAUAUUUUAUUUUUAUUUUUUUAAAUAAAAUCUUACUCUACCUUCUAGUGAAUAAAAUAUCGAUGUGUUGUGUCCGUGCUCGAACAAAAAGAAUUAUUCACAGCCAUUUAAGGUUUGAAUCCAGUUGUGUCAACCAUCAGCCAUGGCGUUCAGUAAAGGAUAUCGCGUUUAUCACAAACUGGACCCGCCACCUUACAGCGUAAUUGUAGAAACCAGGAAUCGUGACGAAUGCUUGAUGUUUGAGUCUGGAGCUGUGGCUGUUCUGUCGGCUGCAGAGAAAGAAGCUGUGAAGAACACUUACACCAAGAUGCUGGAUGCUUAUGGCAUUCUUGGAGUUCUUCGGCUUAACCUUGGAGACUCCAUGCUGCAUAGUUUGGUGUUAGUGACCGGGUGCAGUUCAGUGGGAAAAGUGCAGGAUUCAGAAGUGUUCAGGGUCACUGCCACAGAUUUCAUCUCCCUGAAGAAUGAUCCUUCUGAUGAGGACAGGAUUGCAGAAGUGCGAAAGGUGCUAAACUCUGGCAACUUUUAUUUCGCCUGGUCGUCCACCGGAGUGAGUAUCGACCUGAGUCUGAACGCACACCGCAGGAUCCGAGAAGACACUUCAGACAAUCGUUUCUUCUGGAAUCAAUCCUUGCAUCUGCACCUAAAGCAUUAUGGUGUGAACUGUGAUGACUGGCUCUUGAGGCUGAUGUGUGGUGGAGUGGAGAUCCGUACCAUCUACGCUGGCCACAAGCAAGCAAAAGCCUGUGUCAUCUCUCGCCUCAGCUCUGAGAGGGCAGGCACACGUUUCAAUGUGCGUGGCACUAACGAUGAUGGCCAGGUGGCCAACUUUGUGGAGACCGAACAGGUUAUUUUCCUAGAUGAUAAAGUCUCUUCUUUCAUUCAAAUCCGUGGGUCUAUACCAUUGUUCUGGGAGCAGCCAGGUAUACAGGUUGGUUCCCAUCGAGUCAAGCUGUCCCGUGGAUUUGAGGCCAAUGCACCGGCUUUUGAGAGGCAUUUUACAGCUCUGAGGAGGCUCUAUGCUAAACAAUUGAUCAUUAACCUGCUGGGGAUGAAGGAGGGGGAGCACAUGCUUAGCAAGGCAUUCCAGAGUCACCUGAAAGCGUCCGAGCACGCAAAUUCUGUAAAGAUGAUCAACUUCGACUACCACCAAAUGGUGAAGGGUGGGAGGACGGAGAAACUGCUGACUGUGCUAAAACCACAGAUCAGCAAGUUCCUGGACGAAUGUGGCUUCUUCUAUUAUUCUGCUGAGACUGGAAUUGAAAGAUGUCAGACUGGGACUCUUCGAGUCAACUGUCUGGACUGUUUGGACAGGACAAAUAGUGUCCAAGCCUUUUUUUCUCUUGAGAUGUUGCCUAAGCAGCUUGAAGCAAUGGGACUUACAGAGAAGCCCCAGCUGGUGGCACGCUUUCAGGAGGUCUUCCGAACCAUGUGGUCGGUCAAUGGAGACUCGGUCAGCAAGAUCUAUGCUGGCACAGGUGCUCUGGAUGGCAAGGCUAAGACUGGAAAGCUGAAAGACGGAGCGCGCUCAGUCACCAGGACCAUCCAGAACAACUUCUUUGACAGUUCAAAGCAAGAAGCUAUUGAUAUACUGAGGUUGGGCAGCACUCUGAACAGUGACCUGGCUGAUAAAGCUAGAGCUCUCCUCACCACCAGCAGUCUUUAUGUCUCUGAGCCCAUUUUACAAUCAGCAUCUCCCAGGGUGUUGUUAGGCAUGUGUCAGAAUCACCACAAAUUCACAAGGCCAAAAAAGAUCCGUGUGUGUGUGGGGACCUGGAAUGUCAAUGGGGGCAAGCAGUUCCGCAGCAUCGCGUUUCGGAAUCAGACUCUCAGCGACUGGCUUCUAGAUGCGCCAAAAAAAGCAGGCCACCCCGAGUUUCAAGAAAGCAGACCCCAGCCUGCAGACAUCUUUGCCAUCGGCUUUGAGGAAAUGGUGGAGCUAAAUGCUGGUAACAUAGUCAGUGCAAGCACUACCAAUCAGAAGCUGUGGGCAGCAGAGUUGCAGAAGAGCAUCUCACGGGAUCAUAAGUAUGUGCUGCUGGCCUCGGAGCAGCUGGUGGGAGUUUGCCUCUUCAUUUUUAUUCGGCCCCAGCAUGCUGCCUUCAUCAGAGAUGUUGCUGUAGACACAGUCAAGACUGGAAUGGGUGGCGCCACUGGUAACAAAGGAGGUGUGGCUAUUCGAAUGCUUUUCCACACCACCAGUAUCUGCUUUGUGUGCUCCCAUUUUGCCGCCGGCCAGUCACAGGUCAAGGAGCGAAAUGACGACUACAACGAGAUCACUCGAAGGCUUUCAUUCCCUAUGGGCCGUCUGCUCUAUUCCCAUGAUUAUGUGUUCUGGUGUGGAGACUUCAAUUAUCGCAUUAGUCUGCCAAAUGAGGAGGUAAAAGAGCUGAUCAGGCAGAAGAACUGGGAUGCUCUGAGAGCUGGGGACCAGCUUGUGGAACAGAAAAAUGCAGGCCAGGUAUUUAAGGGCUUUAUUGAGGGAAAGUUGGAUUUUGCUCCUACCUACAAAUAUGAUCUCUUUUCUGACGACUAUGACACAAGUGAGAAAUGUCGCACACCUGCGUGGACUGACCGUGUGCUCUGGAUGAGAAGAAAGUGGGACUUUCAGAAAACAGCUGAGGAGUUGGAUCUGAAUGUAGUAGGCGCACCAGUAGAUGAGGAAGAUCAGCACAUGUGGAGCCCUGGUGAGCUAAAGUUCUACAGCAGAGCUGAGCUCAAGACCUCAGACCACAGACCCGUGGUGGCAAUCAUCGAUGUGGAUAUUCUUGAGGUAGAUCCAGAAGAACGACAUCAGGUAUACAAAGAAGUGAUCGCCCUGCAAGGUCCUCCUGAUGGCACCGUGCUAGUCUCUCUGUGCAGCUCAGGGCCUGAUGAUUACUUUGAUGAUGCACUGAUCGAUGCGCUUCUGGACAAGUUUGCUGACUUUGGCGAGGUCAUUCUUAUCAGGUUUGUGGAGGAAAAGAUGUGGGUGACGUUUUUGGAGGGGUAUUCUGCACUUGCUGCACUCUCACUGAGUGCCUCCACUGUGUUGGGAAAAACCAUAGACAUACGUCUGAAGAGCCCUGGCUGGAUCAAGAGUCUGGAAGAGGAAAUGAGUGUGGAGAGGAUUUGUGGCAGCAUUCCCACCUCCGCCAGCUCCACGCUGCUCGCCGAGGACAACGAUAUGGGAGACGAGUUUGACAUGGAGGGCGAUGUGGAUGAGGAGGUGGAGGAUAUUCUUCCCCAGCACUUGCAACCUGGUGCUGGGAUUGAUGUGGGUGUUUCUCCAGCACCCUCACCACGCUCCAGCCCGUGCCCUUCACCAACUCAUGGGGAGCCUGCACCCCCCUGCAGGCCGAGCAGAGCUCCACCACGCACAGCCGGACCCCCACAAGUUACUCCUUUGGAUUAUCAGAUGUUAGGAGCUUCAUUAUCGCAAGGACUGGAACCAAAACGCCCCCCUCCUCCACGACCCAACGCUCCCCCUGCCAGACCUGCACCUCCUCAGCGCCCCCCACCUCCCUCAGGACAAAAAAGUCCUGCUCUACCCAGGGCAGAUGUUGCUGGACGAGGUCAGGCUACUGGAGCUUCAAGCAGUUUAAGACCUAGCAUUCCUCCUAGGGCAGGUGUUAUCAGUGUGCCACCACAAUCCAGACCACCACCACCUCCCUCCCACCCCGGAGCUCCCCGACCCAUAGCUGAGGUUCACCCGGGAGCCCCCCGACCCACUCCAGAUAACCAUCCUGGAGCCCCGAGACCUGUACCAGAAGCACAGAACAAACCAGCAGAACUCCCUCUGGCACCUCCUUCUUCAUUGCCUGGAAACAUGAGGCCUCAGAUGCCCUCUCCAAUGCAGGCUCAGGCCUCCUCCCCAAUUCGGACACCCAUACAGGCCCAGCUGCCUCCACCCAUGGUACCCACGCUGCCGCCACCCAUGGUACCUGCGCUUCCCCCACCUAUGGUACCUGCGCUUCCCCCACCUAUGGUACCAACAUUGGCAUCCCCUCCUCAGCCUCAGCCAGCUGCUACAAGCACUGGAGCAUAUAGGCCACCUCAGCCUGGCCUGGCAUCACCCAAACCACCACCCCGUAGCCGCUCUUCCCAUGUGCUGCCACAAGAGGCUGCUCCUGCUCCUGCUCCUGAGUCUCAGACAAAUGGAACAAAUGGAAUCCUAAGAGAAGCACAAUUGAAAAUGGACCCCUUUGAUUCGCUGACCUCCACUUCGCUCUCCUCCACUUCCUGGUUAAAUAACCAAUCCUUGUCUAGAAGUUCUUCACUCCACAGCUCCUUCAACUCAUCCACCAGUUCACGAUCUCUGAAUUCCACUCCAGUUCCAUUGUUUCCCCAGUCUACCCCAAUGCUGACUCCUGACUCCACAACAUUUUUGCUUGCCCCGCCCCCACCUUCGCGCACCCGCUCACAAGAAACUCUCCCAUUCUCUUCAAAUCCCUUUUUACCUGAUAUCCAACCUAGACCCAACAGCACCAACCCAUUUACCGGCACCACGGCAGCAUCGCAGCGUCGCUCACUCACACCUGACUUCGAUCUCAAGCCGAGCCUCCACAGAGCCGCCUCUGCCCUUCAUCAAAGCUCAACUCUGCCUUCCUCCUUCUCCAGACCCCCUCCGUCAGCUUUAGUACCGCCUCCAAACACAGUCAAGCAGUGGGUGACCUUUGAUGAUGACUCGGGCUUUCAGGAGUCAGGAACAGCUCCAGCAUCAGCUGCAAUGAUGAAACCUCCACUGCUUCCUUUGCCUGCUAGCGCUCAAUUUCAACAGCCCCAAAGCAGCUUUUCCACCUCUGGUUUGGACUCUCACAAUAACUGGGCUUCCCUUACCACACCCACAUUGCCAACAUUGCCCACUCCUGUGCCAGGCAGGACUAAUGUUAAUGUAACCCCAAGAAACCCAAUGAUUCCUGACUUCAUGGAAAGAUAAUAUAUAUUGUAAUGUUCUACUGAUGGUUGUGUGCGUGUGUGCUUGUGUGUGAGAGGGGGGUGUUCUAGAGAGAUUCCUUAUUUAUGUGUGUGGUUUGUACACAAGUGUGCUGUUUAAGUCAUGCCUCUCUUACAGGGAUAAAUCAGUCACGCAACCCAGAGCAGACCUAGAGUAAAUAUGACCGUUCUAAUAUUUCUAUCUGUCUCCAUAUUUAGAAAUGUAUUGGUACAUACACGUGUGUGAAAUUCUGUGCAAUAUUUUCUUUUUUUUUUUUUCAGUCAGAUUUUCAAAUACAAUAACUUUUAUGCAUUUUUUUAAUCAUUUUGUUUGGUUAUUUAAAGUAAUGUCUCUCUUGAAUGCACAGUGUGUCAUUUAGAUUCUUGGGUGGAGAGGACUUUUUAAUAUGGCCUGGAAUUUUAGUAAAAAAAAAAAAAAAACAGCUACAGCAUAUAGUGACUCUGUAACCCCUUAUGAUUUCUCUUUAAUUAUGAAUGUAUGAUCAGUCUGUUUUACAUAUAAUAUCUGUUAUCCCCCUCCAAAAAAAAGGGGUGGUGCAUAUCCAUGUUAUGCAUUACUGUGUAACACUGAUCAUUUUUCUAAUUACAAACAGCCACUUAUUUCCUGUGUUCUUAUAUCUCUAUACCAACAUGCUCAAGUGUAUAAGUUGUGGAUAUCAGUAUUACGUAGCUGUCAAUGUGGUUUAAAAUGUGUACAAUAGUCUCAAAUGUGUAUAUUAAUAUAUAUUAUAUACGUGUAUAUUUUAUAUUUAUAUAUAUAUAUAUAUAUAUAUAUAUAUAUAUAUAUAUAUAUAUAUAUAUAUAUAUAUAUAUACACACACACACACACACAUUUUAGACUACUGUAUAUAUAGUAUAUAAUAUUAUAUAUAUUUGCUUGUAAUAAGUACCUGCCAUACUGGUAUUGCACUGAAAUGCUCUAAUCCUUUUGAAAAAAGCAGAAAGCGUAUCUGUUUUUUUGGCAUGAGUGCUGUGUGCCCUCCCCUUUGCCAUCACCCUUGCGUAUAUUUCCUAUGCUUCUGUUUCACAUAAUCCAAAGUGUUCAACAGAACCGCUGUGCAUUUAAUGAAUGUGCAUAUUUUAGUGACUUCUGGUGUUAGUCUCUGAAGCCAAGGUGUGCGACCCUGUCCAUACCAGCAGGCUACAUGUACUUAAUCUCACAACUUUUAAUUUCACAGUGAGUUGGUACUUUACUUCAGUUUCACUGGGAAUGUGGUUCUUUUUGUUCUUUGUGUGAGAAAAAUAAUGCCAUGUCAUAGUGAGUGAUCUCUGUCUGCAUAUAUGCACUGUGUACGUCUGUGCUGAUAGGGUGAGGUUCUUUGUUGUUUGGAAAGCUUAUCUAGCUGUUUGUGCGCAUCCACUCUCCUUGUACGGAAUGAAUCAAACAGGGCCUUUGAGCAUGUCUAAACACGCACAGUAUGACAAUAUAUGUGUUACAUGUUGCUUAUAUUAUUAGCAUUUACCUCCUACCUGGUGUUGUUGGUUACCAUCACUGUGCAAAUCGGUGUCAUCAUCAGUUUGAAGGUCCUGUUACUUUCUGUGCAUUCCAUACUGUAUUGCUUUCGAUCUGGUAAUGUGCUGUUGAUUUUUUCUUGCCAUUUCUGGAUUAAUAUAUUUUACUCGUGGAGUGUUUGGUUACACCGCUUUCUUACUUUGUUAAAGUGAUGGUCUUAGUACUGCUCUAAGGGCAGUAUUCACAUUUCUGUCAUUCGUUAGAUAUAACUGAAUAAGUUUUAAUUCUUAAAUACAUGUUACGAGGGCAUUCUGUGGUAAAAUAAAAUGUGGAAAUCAGACGGGACAAAGGGUAUGGAAGACAAGCAAGCCACCUCAUAUGUGACACAUUGAAGUGUCAUGUUAUUUGACAGUUUGACCUUUGUGAGUGUGUGUGUGGAAUGUGUUUAGUAUGAAUCUGAAUUCAUGUACAUAUACAUUGAAUAUUGAGGGCUUGUUCCAUGACCAGAUGUUAAUCAUACAGGUACAGCGGGUAGGCUACAGAAAAACUAUACCUUUUUGCACUUCACUUCUCACACUCUCUAUUCACUUCUUUUUUUCCAGAGUAUGUAGUUGUUGCAAAACUUGAACAUUUCCCUUAAGGCAGAGCAGAUGGCCAUUAUUGGAUGAGUCCUAAAUUGAAACCCUUCCUAAAUUUGACUGAAUGGGAAAUUUUGAGCUUUGUUUUAUUUCAGCUGUUGGAAAUAAUGUAACCACUGGAAAAUAAUAGCAUUAUAUUUACUGUUCGGUUGUAUUCAGCUAAUAAUCAAAUCAAAUCAAAUCAUGCAAAUAUGUAACUAUUAACUCAUUCUGUGAUAGACGUUUGUAAUUUUAGCUCAGUAGUAGAGAUCCUUGUGUUGUUAACUGUUAACUUAGUGGUAUACCCACAAACCAUGACUGCAGCUUAGUUUCUUAGCAUUCAACCUGUGAUUUAAGUUCAUAUCAAAUUGCACACAUGUAUGGAAUAAUUGUUGUUGUCCGUAUGCAAUAAUAAAUGUAAAUGUAUUCA